UUUGAUCCAAAUGGGUUCUGAGUCUUCUGAGAGUGCCAACAUUAGUGAAGAAGAAAACAUUUUCACCAAAACUAUGAACCCACAAGACCCUGAGGAAUUCAGGAGACAAGGCCACAUAGUCAUAGAUUUCCUAGCUGACUAUUACAAGAAGGUCCAGAAAUACCCGGUCCGAAGCCAAGUCGAACCGGGUUAUCUCCGAAAACGUUUGCCAGAGUCAGCCCCAAACAACCCUGAACCUAUUGAAACAAUUCUCCAAGAUGUGGAGACUGAUAUUAUUCCUGGUCUAACUCAUUGGCAAAGUCCAAACUUCUUCGCUUACUACCAAUCAAACGCAAGCACUUCUGGCUUUCUAGGUGAAAUGCUCUUGUCCGGCUUUAAUGUGGUCGGAUUUAGUUGGAUAUCGUCCCCGGCCGCCACUGAGCUAGAGAGCAUAGUCACGGAUUGGCUUGCAAAGUUGCUUAAGCUUCCCAAGUCAUUCCUUUUCAGUGGUGGUGGUGGGGGUGUGAUACAUGGUAGUACUUGCGAGGCCGUUUUGUGCACCCUAACCGCCGCUAGAGAUCAAAAGCUGAGCCAAAUUGGUAGAGAGAACAUAGGGAGGCUAGUCGUCUAUGGGUCCGAUCAAACCCAUUCUGCAUUCCACAAAGCAGCUCAGAUUGCCGGUAUCCACCCCAAGAAUUUUCGAAACAUCUUGUCAACGAAAUCUACAGAAUUCACCCUAUCUCCAGAUUCAUUACUGUCCACAAUUGUAUCAGAUGUGAAAAAUAGGUUGAUCCCAUUGUAUCUAUGUGCCACAGUUGGGACAACUCCAACGGGUGCUGUUGAUCCACUGGGACCAAUAUGUGAUGUUGCAAAACUAUAUGGCAUUUGGGUUCACGUCGACGCCGCUUAUGCCGGGAGUGCAUGCAUUUGCCCGGAGUUCAGACACUUCAUUGAUGGAGUAGAAGGUGCAACCUCAUUUAGCUUCAAUGCACACAAAUGGUUGUUGACUGGACUUGAUUGUUGCUGCGUUUGGGUUAAAGACCCAAGUGCCCUUGUGAAGGCUCUCUCAACAUACCCUGAGUACUUGAGGAACAAGGCCACUGAUUCAAAGCUGGUGGUUGACUACAAAGACUGGCAAAUAUCCCUAAGCCGUCGAUUCCGAGCCAUGAAGCUAUGGAUUGUGCUCAGAAACCAUGGAGUAACUAACAUUAGAAACUUCAUAAGAGGUCAUGUUGAAAUGGCCAAGCAUUUUGAAAGGCUUGUAGCAAGUGACAAGAGGUUUGAAGUUGUGGUGCCUAGAAAUUUCUCUAUAGUAUGUUUUAGGGUUUUGCCAUCAGCAGCAAUAUGUGCUUGUUCUGAUAUUGAUGAUGGUUAUAAGGGGUUGUUAUGUGCUAACGAGUUGAACCGUGAGUUACUGGAGUCCAUUAAUGGGUCUGGCCGACUGUACAUGACUCAUGCAGUGAUCGAAGGGGUCUACGUGAUUCGAUUCGCCAUUGGCGCCACGCUAACCGACCUUCACCACGUGAACAUGGCUUGGAAGGUGGUGCGUGAGCAUGCAGAUGCCAUGCUUAUUUAGCAAGUUCUAAACAUUGUGAGCUUCCUCUGAGGGUCCACAAGUGGAAUUAAUGGAAAUAAAGGAACCGAGUUUCUAUAUUGUAUUCUUGUAUUUUUAUUUUAUUUUAUUUUAAACAUUUGUAUUGUAUUCUUGUUUGUCGAGGAUGAAUUUGGAAAACUAAAUAAAAUAAAAAUUGCUUCUUUUUCUUUUCCUAUCUUUUCUAUUUUUUUUCAUUAGCAAGAAAGACAUUCCAUUAAUAUCCAAUUUCAUCCAUGUGAGACUAGAACCAUCAAGAAAGUACCUCCACACUUUUAAUCUUAGAAUUUUUUGGUAAGGAAGAAAGGAAUGGUUAGCUAUUAUGGAUAUUAAUUUCC